AAAAAAAGGCGCAGCAGCAGCCCCUCGCAUCCGCCCCCACGACAAGUACUAGACCGCUUUGAAGCCACUGGAUUCCUGGCGAACACGGCUCUGGGUGGGCUAGGAUGCGCAUGGAUGCUGCACCACGGGCCGGGAACUCUAUGCUGGGAAAUUCGAGGAUCGCGCAGUAAUCACGAGGUGACCGAUUCGCCCGACCCGUGAGCGGUUGUCGCUGGGAAACGGCUGUGCCGCGAUCAAGUGUCAAACGUCUCGAAGGGCCGAGCCGGCGCGUGGCAGAAACCGAAUAAUCGGCGACAAUGGCUCCGGCCGCGGCGCCCGCCGGGGGCGGGAACAUCAAGGUGGUGGUCAGAGUUCGUCCUUUCAACGGUAGAGAACACGACCGGGGAGCAAAAUGCAUCGUGGAAAUGAAAGACAACCAGACCAUCCUGACCCCGCCGCCCGAGAGCGCCGGGAAGGCGAUCAAGGACCCCGGCCAGAAAGUGUUUGCCUUUGACAAGUCGUACUGGUCCUUCGACAAGACCGCGCCCAACUACGCGGGGCAGGACACCCUGUUCAAUGACCUUGGCAAGCCGCUGCUUGAUAAUGCCUUCCAGGGAUACAACAACUGUAUUUUCGCAUACGGUCAGACCGGCUCGGGCAAGUCGUACUCGAUGAUGGGAUACGGCAAGGACGCCGGUAUCAUUCCGAACAUCUGCCAAGACAUGUUUAGGAGAAUCGGGGAGAUGCAGCAGGACCCUAACGUGCGCUGUACCGUGGAGGUGUCGUACCUGGAGAUCUACAACGAGAGGGUGCGCGAUCUCCUGAACCCGGCGAACAAGGGCAAUCUGAAGGUUCGAGAGCACCCUUCUACCGGUCCGUACGUCGAGGACCUGGCGAAGUUGGUCGUCGGAAGCUUUCAGGAGAUCGAGCACUUGAUGGAUGAAGGCAACAAGGCGAGAACGGUGGCUGCGACCAACAUGAACGAGACCUCGAGUCGAAGUCACGCCGUGUUUACCCUGAUGCUGACCCAGAAGCGCUUCGACCCGGAGACCAAAAUGGAAAUGGAGAAGGCAGCCAAGAUCAGUCUCGUCGACCUUGCCGGUUCGGAAAGGGCCACUUCCACAGGUGCGACCGGUGCCCGGCUCAAGGAAGGCGCAGAAAUCAAUCGUUCCCUCUCCACCCUCGGCCGUGUCAUCGCCGCGUUGGCCGAUCUCUCCACCGGAAAGAAAAAGAAGGGCGCGGUAGCACAGGUCCCCUACCGAGACAGCGUUCUCACGUGGCUCUUGAAGGACUCUCUCGGAGGCAACAGCAUGACGGCCAUGAUUGCCGCCAUCAGUCCGGCAGAUAUCAACUACGACGAAACGCUCAGCACGUUGCGGUACGCCGACUCUGCGAAACGCAUCAAGAACCACGCCGUCAUCAACGAAGAUGCCAACGCCCGCAUGAUCCGCGAGCUCAAGGAGGAACUGGCCCUCCUCCGCAGCAAGCUAGGGAGCGGUGGCGGUGCCAGCGGACCGUCGGUUCCCGCCGAGGAGGUAUACGCAGAAGGCACGCCUCUGGAGCAGCAAAUCGUCAGCAUCACGCAGCCCGAUGGCACGGUCAAGAAGGUUUCAAAGGCCGAAAUCGCGGAGCAGCUGAACCAGAGCGAGAAGCUCCUGCGGGACCUCAACCAGACCUGGGAGGAAAAACUCGCCAAGACGGAGGAGAUUCACAAGGAGCGAGAAGCCGCGCUUGAGGAGCUCGGAAUCAGCAUCGAGAAGGGCUUUAUCGGCAUGUCCACGCCCAAGAAGAUGCCACAUUUAGUCAAUCUUUCAGACGACCCCCUGUUGGCCGAAUGCCUAGUUUACAACCUGAAACCCGGCGUCACCACGGUCGGCAACGUCGAAUCGAACGCGGACCAUCAAGCCAACAUUCGUCUGAACGGGUCGAAGAUUCUCCACGAGCAUUGCGUCUUUGAGAAUGCUCCAGAUGGCACGGUCACAAUCAUCCCAAAGGAGGGAGCGGCCGUCAUGGUCAACGGAAAGCGAAUCUCGGAGCCGACGAGGCUACAUUCGGGUUACCGCAUCAUCCUGGGCGACUUUCACAUUUUCAGAUUCAAUCAUCCGAUGGAGGCCCGCGCCGAACGAGCCGAGCGGCAAGAGCAGAGCCUCCUGCGCCAGUCCAUCACCGCAAGCCAACUUCAAGCCCCGGAGAGGGCGUCUCCGUCCCCGAGUCCGUCCAAGUUUGGUCAUGAGAGGACGUUGAGCACGGCCGUUUCCGAAGUGGGCGACAGCCGCCCGGAUUCGCCCGCCACCUUCCAGCGCAACACAAAGGAGUCCGAUUGGUCUUUUGCGCGUCGAGAAGCCGCGCCCGCCAUCCUCGGCAUAGACCAGAACUUUGCCAAGCUGACGGACGAAGAGCUUAAUGCCCUCUUCGAGGACGUCCAGCGGGCCCGCGCGGAGCGUGUCAACGGCCGGGAAGGCGAUGAGGACGGAGAGUCGAUGGCUUCAUACCCGAUCAGGGAGAAGUACAUGUCCACUGGCACCAUCGAUAACUUCUCCCUCGACACGGCCCUGACCAUGCCAUCCACGCCCAAACAGGGCGAAACCGACGAUCGGCUGAGGGACAUGCGAGAGGAGAUGCAGAACCAGCUGGAGAAGCAGAAAGAGGAGUACCGCGACCAACUCAAGAGCGCCGAGGCGGCAAGUGUCGAGGUCGAGGAGAUCAAGAAGGAAAAGGUCCGGAUGGAGGAGACGCUGGUCAAGCUCAAGGCCGAUAUGCAGAAGCAGCUGGAGGUCCAGCGGCGCGAGUUUGAGGCCAAGAUUGAGAAGCUGGACCCGUUGAAGCGCCCAAAGGCCAAACCGAAGCUGUCCAAGGAGGAGAUUGAGCGGGCCAAGGUCGUAGUCAAGCAUUGGCGGAGCCGGCACUAUGUGCGCAUGGCCGAGGCUGUCCUGCAACACGCUGCCACGCUGAAGGAGGCCCAGGUCAUGAGCCACGAGCUUGAUGAACAUGUCGUGUUCCAGUUCACCGUGGUUGACGUCGGGCACACGCUGUGCUCAUCCUACGACAUGGUCCUGAACGGGCUGACCGGCGAGGGAGAUGAUAUUGCGCUUGAAGAGACGCCGAAACCGUGCAUCGGCGUCCGCGUAAUCGACUACCGGCACAGUGUUGCUCACCUGUGGAGCAUCGAGAAACUCCACGACCGGGUCAGGCAGAUGCGGCAGAUGUACCAGUAUCUCGAUCAGCCAGAGUAUGCCCAGCACCUCAAGUUCGAUAACCCGUUUAUCGAGACGUGCAUGCCGCAGUACACUCUGGUCGGGGAGGUUGAUGUGCCCCUGAAGGCGGUAUUCGAGAGCAGGGUCCAGGACUUCACCCUCGACGUCUACUCCCCGUACACGACGCACGCUAUCGGCAUCCUCAAGCUAUCGCUCGAGCCGUCCAGCGCGCGGGCGCCGUCCAACACGCUCAAGUUCAACAUUGUCAUGCACGAGUUGGUCGGCUUCGCGGAGCGCGAGGGGACCGAGGUGCACGCACAGCUCUUCAUUCCCGGCAUUUCCGAGGACGGCAUAACCACUACGCAGAUGAUCAAGGACUUUGACGAGGGCCCGAUCCGGUUCGAGAGCGUUCAUAGCAUGAGCGUGCCCCUGUUCGCGCCCCCGCAGACGACCCUGCGCGUGGCCAUCUUUGCCAAGGUGUCGGCCACACACUUGGAUAAGCUCCUAAGCUGGGAUGAUAUGCGGGACGCGGUGCCCAACUCGCAGGGCAAGAAGGGCGCCAGGAUUAGCGAGUCACACUUCUUUACCGAGGAGAAACACGACUUGCUGGCACGCAUCCAGAUCCUCGAGAUGAACGAGGAGGGCGAGUACGUGCCCGUGGAGGUCACCCAGACCAGCGAGCUCGACGGCGGCACCUUUCAGUUGCAUCAGGGGUUGCAGAGGCGUAUCGCCAUCAAUCUCACACACAGCUCGGGCGAUGCGCUGCCGUGGGACGACGUCACGGCGAUGCGUGCCGGCAAGGUUCAGCUGCUGGACAGCGCCGGCAAAACGCCCGACAUGGGCUCCGCGACCCCGGACAUCCCGCUGAAGCUGGUGUCUGGCCCGUCGUUCCGGACCAACGCAAAUGGCACCCGCAGCGUCACCAUGAUCGGGCAGUGGGACUCGAGCUUGCACAACUCGCUGCUCCUUGACCGGGUGACCGCGGAUAAGUACCGCGUGCGGAUGACCGUGUCGUGGGAGAUCAGCUCCGAGAGGUUAGCCGAGCCAAUGAAGUUCUCCAUGAACGUGUGCUGCCAAGUCCUGUCACGGUCCUUCGUCCGGCAGACGUCCGUCUUCUCGUCGCUUUUCCAGCACGUCCGCAUCGUGCACUCGGCGACGGGCAUCUUCACGCUGCAGUUGCGGCCGGCGCCGAUCAAGCGGGUGGGCGAUCUCUGGCGGAUGAGCAGCCAGCAUGAUUACGUCAAGGGCGAGGAAAACCUGACGGCCUGGACGCCCCGUGGUGUCUCGCUCGUGGUCGACUACAUAAACUCCCGCAAAAAGCGGAAGAUGAUGGCCGAGAUGGCGGCGGUUCAGUCCUUCCUAAAGAAGAUCAACAUUCAGGAGACGAACGGCGAACAAGGAGCCGAAGACAUAGAGCUGCCCCCUCCACCGAAACUCGCCGACGACGACUCCAUCGCGGAGCUCCUGAAGGAUGAUACGCCUGAACCAUCCCCGUCUGCGUCGCCCGAGCCAACAACCAAGGACCCCCCUAUCCACCCCCAAGAGCAAGAGCCGACCGCCUCCCCUCCGGUGGAGCAAGAAGAUGAAGAAGGAGAAGGAGAAGAAGCACAAGCUCCGAAACCAAACCCUUCGGAAUACUCAGAGCAUCAAACGGAGCUCUUGAACCGUUGUCUGAACCUCUGGCUCCGGUACCCCGACCCCUCGCUCCGAAUUCUGUCGCCCGCCAACACGGACCCGCCCGAAGACGGCGCCCCCCCGGCGGACGCCUCGUCUCUCUCUCCGGCCCAGCAGCCGACGUCGAUCGCGACGGUCAUCCGCGUGCCCAAGAACCCGUCGGUCCUCAAGGGCGGGUACCUCCUCGUGCCCAACGCGGACUCGACGCGGUGGGUGAAGCGGUUUGUCGAACUGCGCCGGCCGUACCUGCACGUGCAUUCGGUCGGGUCGGGAGAGGAGGUCGGGGUGGUGAGUUUGAGGAACGCGAGGGUGGACAGCCAGCCGGGGAUCUUGGGCUUGUUGAAUCUGAACGGGGGGGAUGACGCCGCCGACGAAGGCGUGGACGUGGGGGGGGAUGAAGGCGGCGGUGGCGGCGGUGGCAGUAGUGGCGGAGGCCCGGGGGCGAUCGGCGGGGGCUUCGAGACGCCGAGGAGGGGGUUGUCUCCCUCGCCCUCGCGGUCGGCGGUUCGCUCCCCGCCGCCGUCGUCGGGUGGGGCGGGAGGCUUGAUCGCCUCGCUUUGGCCGGGCGGCAGCGGUUCAGGCAGCAGCAGCAGCGGGGCCCGAAGCGGCAGGCCUGGUGGUGCUAGCAGGUACGGCGGCGGCGGCGGCGCGGGCGGUGAAGGAGGAGCAGCAGCAGGAGGAGGAGGGGCAGGAGGGAUCAGCAGGCUCAGCGAGCGGCUGCAGGCGGGGGUGUUUGCCGUCUACGGGACGGAUAACACUUGGCUGUUUGCGGCGCGCAGCGAGCGCGACAAGAUGGACUGGGUUACCAAGAUCGAUCAGAGCUUUGGCAUGAGUAGCGGGACGCCGAGUGGGACCGCCAGCCCGCGGGUUGGCGGCUGGUGAAAGGGGGGGGGAGGGUGUGUGGACGUGGAUGGACGGGCGAUGGCUGGAUGGAUGGAUGAACGAAACGGAUGGAUAGACGGCAAGGUGCUGAAAAAGCGGUGCUUGGUGGGUUAUCUAUAUACUACUGCUGCUUAUCUGCUUAUUAGGG